AUGAAGUGGUUCCUAAAGGACACGGACGACCCGUUCUGCGUGUACCAGAAGGACGUGCUGCUGUGCUCGGACAGGGAAGGCGAAGACUGUGCUGACGACUGCGAGAUCAAGAGGACGCUCACGGCUCUCACGAGCACAGAGGAGUGCGUUCCCGGCGAAGAAGUCCUGCUCGAAUUGGGGUAUGAGGAGGGCAGCAACCUGAAGCAGAGAGUGGGCAAUGGGAUCGCAGUUUGCCCCACCCUCCAGAGCUCCGAGCAGUGCUUGAACUACCUCUAG